UAUUUUAUGGAACACCAACUUUGAUUUGAACUCUUUAACCAGUAUAUUAAAACAAUUAAUGUAAACAUAACCACAAACAAACCCAUCUUUAUUUUAGUCCAUUCAUAUUUGCUAUCACUACACUCUCACCCUAUCAAUGGCAGAAACAACAAAAAGGUAUGCAGUUGUUACAGGGGCAAACAAAGGAAUAGGAUUUGCAGUAUGCAAACCAUUGGCUUCUAAAGGGAUCACUGUUGUGCUUACAGCAAGAGAUCAAAAGAGAGGUCUUGAAGCUGUUGACAAAUUGAAGCAGCUUUCUCUUCCUGGCCUUGUGGUUUUUCAUCAACUUGAUGUCACAGAUCCUGCAAGUAUUACAUCAUUUGCAGAUUUUAUCAAGAAUCAAUAUGGAAAACUUGAUAUUUUGGUAAACAAUGCUGGAAUUCCUGGAGUUCAAGUGGACAGUGAGGCUCUGGCUGCUGCUAAAUCUGCGCAGGAAAAUGGUGGCCAGAUUGAUUGGAGUAAAAUACUAACUGAUAGCUAUGAACAAACUGAAGCAGGUAUUAAAACAAACUACUACGGAGCCAAGGAAUUAACCGAAGCACUUAUUCCCCUUCUACGGCUUUCAACUUCACCAACAAUUGUCAAUGUUUCCUCAUCCAUGGGAAAGUUAGAGAAAAUUCCAAAUGGAUGGCCUAAGGAAGUACUGAGUGAUAUUGAAAACCUUACUGAAGAAAAGAUUGAUGAAGUUUUGAACAAAUUUCUAAAGGAUUUUAAAGAGGGUGCAAUAGUAGAAAACAAAGGCUGGCCUAGUAAUAUGUCUACAUACAUUAUCUCGAAAGCUGCUCUAAGUGCCUACACAAGGGUUCUGGCUAAAAAGUUUCCAUCAAUAUGCAUCAAUGCUGUUUGUCCGGGCUAUGUGAAAACAGAUAUAAACUACAAUACAGGUUAUUUGACACCUGAUGAAGGUGCUGAAUCGAUUGUGAGGUUGGCUUUGUUACCUGAUGGGAGUCCUUCUGGCCACUUUUUUGUUAGAAAUGAAGAGAAACCAUUUUGAUUGUAGAGAUCAAAAUGUGAUAGAUAUAUAAAGGGGAGUUAUGAGAUGAAGAGAACUACUCUGUAUUGAAAAUUUUCUACUUGUGUUGUACUGAAGAGAAUAAAAGUUCACUUUAUUUCCAAACACUCAAAACACCAAAAUGAACAGAAAUUGAGCCA